GUAGAGUGCCCUCCGAAACAACAGGUGGCGGUAGUCCUCUUUGUUUAAUAGCGUUUUUCAAGCGCGUGAAAAACAUAACAUAGAGCAAAGCAGCCAUUCGAUUGUUGGAAUUUUAUUUCUUUCCACGAUACGCGAAAUUGUACCCGUCUUCCCUUUUCAUCCACUAUGACAGCGUAAAAAGCUCCACAGUUUCGGUGGAGCGCCCGCGUUUUGACAUGUCGGCGUUCAGCUCUUCCAGCAAACUGAAUUUACUGGUCAACAAGCUUCAUGAAUACUUGGCACAUUCCAGCGUUGAAGACGGCACUGGAGUUCAAUCACCAGAUGUAUCUGGUCAGACACAUGCAGGCUUUUCAGCAGGAAACUCUACUGGUCACGGCGCAGAGACCAGCCUAGACAACAGAUACUCAAGGAGAAAACCCUCAGUUGUCAUAAAACACUCUGGACUGGAUGAGUCUGGAGACUCAAAUGAAAGCGAUGCAGUGAAUUCGACCGAGAACACAAAUGGCCGUCUUGAUGUGACUCAAUUGCCUAAAGGUACAGCUUUUGUCAGACCCGAACCUGUGGACAAUGGAAGAGACGAGUUCAGGGGUCCAGAAUUUCGAAGCCGAAAACCCAACGUGCUACGGAAAGAGUUUUCAAGGAAACGUGGAGGAGGUGAACAUGUUGGAAUUGUGACUUGUACUGCUUGUGGUCGUCAAGUUAACCACUUCCAGAGAGACUCCUUGUAUCGACAUCCAGUUCUGAAAGUACUUAUUUGCAAGGCUUGCUACAAAUAUUACUCAAGUGAUGAAAUCAGCAAGGAUGGAGAUGGAAUGGAUGAGCAGUGCAGGUGGUGUGCUGAAGGCGGCAACUUAAUCUGUUGUGACUUUUGCAGUAAUGCUUUUUGCAAGAAAUGUAUUCUACGGAAUCUGGGACGAAAGGAACUGUCUGGCAUAUUAGAGAGCAAAUGGUACUGCUACGUCUGCAGCCCAGAACCUCUUUUUGACCUGGUGGCAGCCUGCAACCAUGUCCUUGAGAACAUGGAGGGCGUGUGGAGUCAGCAGCGAAGGAGAAAUCGAGUGGAGCCAGACAAAUCUGGGCUCUUGCCACAGAACAUUUGUCUGGAUAAAUGGGACCACAGUGGAAUGGAUGGGAGCGUUGUCUUUAACUACAACGCUUUGCAAGUGUCUAAAGAAGUUACCAAGAAGGCCAAGCAUUUAGUGGAGUCAACAAAUGCCUUAAAUCAAAUGUUUGUCAAUUUCAUUCACAGUGUGACAAAAAAACAGCAAACUCCCAGUGUUCGCGUGCUGUAUUUUAACUCGUUUUUAGCUGUUGUUAAAGGCCUAAAAAAAUCUCUGGCGGCACUGGAGGGUAGUCUUAAGGAAGAAUUCAGUGACUUGGAUCUAUCUAUCAGCUGGGAGAGGGUCUUCAGCAGUGAUUUUGAUGCUUUAGAGGCCGAAUCCGACAUGGAGCUGAACACUUCUGAUGAAAGGUGCUUGAGCGACUUGCAGAAAAUGGCAGCUGAACAUUUUGAAGAUAAAGAUUCUGACCGCAACGGGUUCAUGGACGGAAGAAUCAUACACGACCACUUCGAUCAAGAAACUCAUGAAGCAAGAGUGAGCGCAGGAGUCAUGGGCCUCAAUCCCAACCAGGAAAGUCCUGUUGACAUCACUAAAAAGCUGGUCGUCAAACUUACGCCUGUUGCAAUGGAGCAGCCGCCAUCACCUGAAGCUCCAAAGGGAGAGGAGGAGGAAUUUGAAAUGGAGAAGAAUGUAGCAGAAGAAGAAAAAGCGUCUGAUGAAGAUGGUAAAGUUGAAGCGAACUCUAGUGAACCUCACUUAUUAGAGGAAGAAAAAGGUAACAGGCGUUCCCCUCGUGUCAAGACGACUCCUCUACGCCGACCGAGUGAUGUCAAAGCCAAAACCUCUUUUUCAGCAGGAGACAGCGACAGUGAUUCAGACCCUGGCGAGAUCCCAGACGCCACACCAGCCACAAACAUCAAGGAGCAAAGUUUGAGCAGAGCAGAGGACGACUCGGACUCAGACGAAGUUCCUGCCGCUCUACUCGAGCGAGUAGCCAUGAUCCAAAGCUCGGACGAACCCCAGAGUGAGGAAGAUGGAAAUCAGGCGUCUCCAAACAAGGUGGCAAAGAAAUGUUUGUUUUGGCUCACUAAGAACAGCCCAAUGUCACCAGAGAAGAUGCGGCGAAAGCGCAAAAAGCCUGACCAGUCAUCUGAGUCUGAAUCGAGCACCAUGGUUGCCAAAGCCCAACAAGACAGCCAGAUGGACUCCUCUAGCGAUGACGACUCGCAGAACCAAAUACAACACUUAAGUGCAGUGAGGUCAAUAGGAACUUCACACCUCGGCAAAGAAAAGAAAGGAAUGGCUAGAAAGCAGAGAAGACUGCAAGUUGAAGAGAGUAAAAGAAAAUCUUACCGGGAAGCUACUGAUUCUUCAUCCUCCUCCUCCUCCUCCUCCUCAUCCUCCUCGUCAAGUGAAGACGAUGAUUCGGGCAGUGAUGUCAGUGAUCAGAAGAUGAAGCCAAUCACAGAAGGUGUGAUGCCCCUUGAUGUAGCAGCAUUCCAGCAGUCAUCAGGAGAUGACGAACAGUCCGGGCCCUCAUGGGCAGCAGGAGAUGACGACGACGACGAUCUAGAAAAUAGAAUCGCUAAGAAAAUGCUGUUGGCCAGAAUUAAAGCCAACUACUCUUCGAGUGAUAUUUCUUCAGACGAGGAGGUGCAGGAGAAGGAGUCUCAGUCACUGUUUGACCAGGAGGUCAGAGAAGACAUUGAGGAUGGUGGGACUCGGGAAAGUGGUGAGGAUUUGGCCUCAGAAACCUCUGACAGCAUGCCAGAAAAGCCCAAAUCCAGACACCACCUCCUCCAACUCAAACUCACUUUAGACGAGGGAACAUCAGGAAGCAAUGAAGUAGAACAACAGAGCAAAAGAAGGGCAGAGAAGAAUCCAGCCUCUGAAGCUGAAAGUGAUGCUAACGGCAACGGUUGUCAUGACGAUGAGGGCAUGAGUGAGGAGCUUAGCCUAUCAGAGGAUGGUGAAGACGAACCUCAUAGAAUAAAAGUCGAAGAAAUUGAAGGAGUUUGUAGUCUAAAAGACAUGCAAGCGAGCUGCAUUUGGUUGUCUGACUCCAGCACGGAAAAGAGUGAUCUAGAAGAGGAAAAUAAAGAGGAGAGUAAACCUAAAGGUACUCCCAAAGGACGUAAGGAGAUCCGCAAAAUCAUUGAGGAUGAGGAGCUUCGAUCUGAGACGCAGGAAGCUCUCCGGGAGGAGGAGGAGAGACGCAGGCGUUUGGCAGACAGAGAACAACAAAUGGAAGACAUGAGAGAGAUUACUGUGAUAGAAGAUGAGCUGUCUCAGGUGGUUUGCCCUGUUGCAACCAAACUGGUGUUGGAUCAGGAUGAGGAGACCAAGCAGCCUCUUGUUCAAGUUCACAGCAAUCUGGUUACAAGACUGAAGCUUCAUCAAGUGGACGGUGUUCAGUUUAUUUGGGACAGCUGUUGUGAGUCUGUAAAGAAGGCUAACUCCACUCCUGGAUCAGGCUGCAUCCUGGCUCACUGCAUGGGUUUAGGGAAGACUUUGCAGGUGGUAACCUUCCUUCACACGGUGCUACUUUCUCCAAACCUGAACUUCCGAACAGCCUUGGUGGUGUGUCCGCUCAACACUGUCCUCAACUGGGCCACUGAGUUCAAUAAAUGGCAGGAGAACUUGGGAAAGGAUAAAGUCAAAGUGACAGUAUUGUCUGCCAUAAAUCAACCGAGUGAGCGUAUCAGAGCUCUGCAGCGGUGGCACAGAGACGGAGGUGUUGCAAUCAUGGGAUAUAAGAUGUACACCGUCCUGUCUCUCGGCCCCAAAGCCGCCACUGAAGAAUUGAAGAAGGAGCUGAAGUCUUUAUUAGUGAAUCCAGGUCCAGACUUUGUGAUUUGUGAUGAGGGGCACGUCCUUCGCAAUCAAACCACCAUAACCUUGAAAGCAAUGACUGCUAUCAAAACCCAAAGAAGGGUGGUGCUGACUGGCACGCCGCUUCAAAACAACCUUGUUGAAUACCACUGCAUGGUCAGCUUCAUCAAGAAGAAUCUUCUUGGUUCUCUGAGUGAGUUCAGGAACAGAUUCAUCAACCCCAUAGAGAACGGGCAGUGCGCUGACUCCACCCCAAAAGACGUCAGGAUCAUGAAGAAGCGCGCCCACGUGCUCCACUCUGUGUUAGCUGGAUGUGUGCAGAGGAAAGAUUACUCGGAGCUGACGCAGUUUCUGCCUCCCAAAUAUGAGUACGUGCUGGCGGUGAGAGUUUCGCCUCUUCAGUGUAAGAUUUAUCGCCACUACCUCGACCUUAUUACCCGUGAGAACUCUAGGCCUUUUAAUGCAAAGAAAAAAGCUGGAGCAAACCUGUUUAAAGACUUCCAGGUUCUCGGCCGAAUUUGGGCUCAUCCAUGGUGCCUUCAUCUCAUCCAGAUGAGUAAAGAAAGCAAGAGAACGUCUAGAAAGAAGAGUCAAGCACCACAAAGUGAUGUGGAGAACAUCGCGGCAGAAAGUUCAAUGAUUGAGGACAAAGGAGACGAAAGUAUCUUAAAUGAGGAGAACCAAGAGGUUGCAGAUCCUGAAGCCAGGGAAGCAGCCAACAGCUCAAAGGAAGGCUGGUACAAGAGCCUGCUGUCUGAAGAGGACGCCAAAGUCAUGGAGCAUUCUGGGAAGAUGGUGAUCUUGUUUGAGAUCCUCAGAAUUGCUGAGAACUUGGAUGAUAAAGUGCUCGUUUUCAGCCAGUCUUUAGUCUCGCUGACCCUAAUUGAAGAGUUCCUUGCAGCUUCUCAUCGUUCCAGAGACCCGUCCUCCAAAGCGGGCAGCUGGAUUAAAAACGUUGACUACUAUCGCCUUGAUGGGACCAUGAAUUCUACCUUAAGGAAGAAAUGGGCAGAUGAGUUUAACUACUCUGCCAAUGCCAGGGGACGCCUGUUUCUCAUUUCAACAAAGGCCGGAUCGCUGGGCAUCAACCUCGUGGCGGCUAACAGAGUCGUCAUCUUUGAUGCUUCCUGGAAUCCUUCCUACGACAUCCAGAGCAUUUACAGAGUGUACCGCCUGGGCCAGGUCAAACCAGUGUUUGUGUACCGCCUCUUGGCUCAGGGUACCAUGGAGGAGAAGAUUUACGAUCGUCAGGUGACUAAGCAGUCUCUGGCCCACAGAGUUGUAGACCAGCAGCAGAUUGAGAGACAUUUCACUCUUAAUGAACUGUCUGAACUCUACACAUUUGAGCCCGACCUGCUCGACGACCCCAACUCCAAGAAAAGCAGGAGACCCGUCUCCUUAUUUCCCACGGAUCUAGUGAUGUCUCAGCUGUUAGAAAGUUGCAGGGAUCAGAUUGUGUCGUAUCACGAGCACGAAUCCCUGCUGGACCACAAGCAGGAGGAGGAGCUCACCGAGGCGGAGCGCAAAGAUGCCUGGGCUGAGUAUGAAGCCGAGAAAGAGCCGAUCGCCCUACCGCUCACUGAGAAACAGAACACUCUGCAAACAAAGACGAAUGAGCAGCUGGAGGAGCUGUUCAAUAAAUACAAAACAAAUGUUGUUAACUUGUUUGCAACUAUGCACAAGAUUCGAUUCUUCACUCUAGAGGACUACGUGUUGCGUCUGCGGCAGCAGUAUCCCCUCAUGCCAGAGGCAGAGUUGAGGACUAAAGCGGAGAUCUGGAAACAGUACGAUGAGAAGAGGAGCAACCUGGAGCGGGCCUCGUGUUGGGAUACAAUCACAAAGCAAAAACUGGUCAUAAGUCAUAUUCAAGCCAUUCUGAACUUUCGAAGAAGUCAAGGAACCUACACGAAGGUGGCGCCGGUGACUGAAGUGAGACCGAGUGGACCAAUAUGAACCUUCCACUGCAGUGGCCUUAUUUACUUGCUGCUACGGCAGAAACAGGAAUGUCUGUUUCUCUGACCAGAUACAAAGAUGUUUAUUUAUGUUCUACACUUUAACUGGUGCAGGAGAUACCACUUUAGAGUCACUCUUUUCUUUUGUUAAUCACCUCAAGAAGCUGAAUGUUUUUCUACAGAGUUAAAAUAUUGUGAAAUAAUAACCUGAAUUAAAAAGGUAUUUUAUUAUGUUUGUA